UUGUGUACAAGACGAAGCGAGUGACCGUGUUACUAAAAUGCUUAAAAAUUAAAUUAAUUUUAUAUAAUUCACGUUGAAGUUAUAGUUGUAAAUAAAUUCAUAUUUUUAUAAGAAGAUUUUUGAUGAAGCCAGUGAGAUUUCUUCUGGAAUUUGAAAUUAUGUCAAGCUAAGCAAAAAUGCAGACUACAGUAAAGAAACCUAGCGAGUCAAAAGUAAAAAGAGAAAAGGUAACAAAAGACGACGCUACAAAAGUACCUCAAGAUGAUAAACUUAAGAAGACUUCAUACACCAUUUCAACACCAAGGAACUUUGUGCAGAAAUCAACUACCGCAGACAUUUAUGGGCAAAAGAAAAAAAGUGUUACACAGACUGCGAAAACGCCUAGAAAGUCUACUGGUUCAUAUACGGCCAGUAAUGUUUCUCCAAUGAAGGAUUUACUCAAAUCUUCACCUUCUUCUACUACACAAAGCGCUCGGAGCGAAUCCAAGAUGGCGACGCCUAAAACAACGUCAUCCAGGUAUUCGACACCAAGAAGUAAAGAUUUUGGAGUCGCAGUCAAUUCGCCAAUUGUGAAACGAAAAUUGAAUAUGGAUUUGAGAAGUGAAGGCAGUUUUGUGAAAGAUUUGACCAAAGAUAAAAAGGAGAGGGAGAGGAGUUUCAUCAAAGACGUUCCUAAAGAUAGGAAGGAAAAAGAAAGGAGUUUUAUUAAAGAUACUCCUAAAAGUAGAAAGGAUAAAGAAGGUAGUUUUAUCAAAGAUACUCCUAAAAGUAAAAAGGAAAAAGAAGGUAGUUUUAUUAUAGAUACUCCCAAAGGUAGAAAAGAGAGGGAGCGGAGUUUUAUAAAAGAAAAAGAAGUAGUCAAAGAAAAGAAAGAUAAAGAUACUUCAAAAGGAUCAGGUGAAAGGCAACGCACUAAAACGAGGACCUUAGAUGAGAGUGAAGUUAAAAUGUUGAAUUCUAACGCGGCCAAUAAUUCUGAGAUGCUUAAUCUGGCACAUAAGUUAAGCGCAAAGCCUAAAGCGUUUUACAUUGACUUGGAUGAUGAAAAACCAAGUCAUAGUAAAAAGACACCACCAAACAAGGUUUCCAGUGAUGAAGACAUAAGUUACGAAGAUGAUUUCGAGAGCUACGAGUCAGAUUUCGACUCGUAUCACAGUUCCACACAUAGUGAACAAAAUGCCAGUGAUGAGAGAGAUGAACAAGGGAGUGAUGAUGAUGAUGAUGAUGAUGAUGAUAGUGAAAGCGAAGCCGUAGAGACAUCGAAAGAAGUGAAGGAUGAUGAAAAUAUGUUGGAUUCAGGGAGCUUCGAUCUUCGAGACCGUUCAGCCAACAAAUCAAAACCAGCAGUCUUAGACUUUAUCCUGGAGACAGCAGAAGUCGGAGAGAAGCCGAGCUCGUUGACCGACGAGGGUUUCCAAGAGAUGAGCAGCUCGAGCGCUGUGUCCAGCAUCAGGACUGUUCAUACUGAUGUGCUUGAUAGACCACUUUUCAUCGAUUUCACAAAAUCAAAAGAAACACGCCGAAAGAAAAGGAUAGGGGACAGAUUAAGACAACGGGCCAAAGAUUUACUCAGCAUUAUAACGUUACAUGAAAUGUCGUACAGUUUGUUCGAAAUGAAACCUAUUUCGUACGACCUUUAUAUGGCAACAUUCGGCCGGUCGAACUAUACUCAAGUCGCUGUUCAGACUUUUGAAGAUGGAAUCUCAGAAGAGAUUCAAACGGAUGAGGUUGAAUGCGAACACAAAUGGACCCAACAUCCAGUGGAAUUCACAAAAAAUGAUAUUUGCAUAAAACAAAAAGUCGAAACUCGAAAAUAUAGCAAAAAUAUGGAAGAUUAUUUAACUAAAUUCACUUUUUUGACGACUCAAAAUGUCGAUGUCGAGAUAAAUAAUGCGAUUAAUGUGGAUUCAAGUUAUAAUACAGAUCCGUUGAGAAUAUAUUUUGAACAGAAAGAUGGCGUCGGGCCCAGUGAAAUGUUGCCAUAUGAAACUUAUAAGUCGAAAUUAAAAAAUAAAGACUACAAUACUCAUAGACUCGGAAAGUUUUUGAAGAAAAUCGAAAGUAGGAUAAGUAAUGUUUUGAACAGUAAUAGUGGCAACACUGAAUUAUCCGAAUUAAAUAUUUCUAAAUACCCUUUUAGUAAAGGGUAUGUAUCUAUUUCUCCUAAGCUUAUAAAAACAGAAGAACUAUCAUUUUUGAAUAACACAAAAAUAUCUCAAAUGUAUUUUUCUGAAACGAAAUCUAAUUUAAUAAUGACAGUUCACAAAAAAGGUCAGAAUGCGCAGCUGAAGAAGUGUGUUAUUUGUCUAUGGGAUAUUAGUGUUGCCAUACGAGAACCUAUAAAACUACUCACAGCCAUAGAUAAUGUAGCUCUAGGAAGAUUAAAAGGAAGUACAGAUGGAUAUUUCGUCGCUGCGUUGGAAGAUGGUUCGAUACAUCUCUGGGAUUUAUCAGAAGAACCAACAUGGCGUGACGAUGUUGCCAGUGAAGAGAAAUCUACCAAAAUAGAAGAAAUAAAUGAAGAAGAUCUCACAGAUUUCGAAAGACACCGGGAGUGGAAUAAAAGGAAUGUUAACGUUGGUUUUGAUGAGCACAGCAUACCAUGCGCCCUACAAUCAUGCGCAUUCACAAACAGCGCUUACAAUAUGUGCGGCAGUGACGUCACAGGCCGUGUCGUCGGCUUGGAGCUGGCUGGUGACGCACAUGCGAUACUCACACAAGAAGGAGGACGUAGAAUUGUCGGACAGGUGGUAACACUGCAAAGUAUAGGAGUCCUAACAAUAUGGUCGAUAGUCCAGCAAAAAUCCAAAACAGUGCCACCAGACAUCGGCAAAGCCUACUGGUCCAAAAUGAAACUUGAGAAAAAUCAGUCAAUCUCCUUACUAGACCACAUAGAUCUACCCUUAAAAGACCCACAAAAUGACGAAAUAAAAAUAAACUUUAAUUUAAACGCAGCAAAAAGAAGAAUAUUAAAUAGAAAACAAGAAAAGUCAAUAUUAAAAAAAGAAUUUUCCCGCCCAAAAUCCGCCAUUAGUUUUGAUUUUGACAUUGACAGUGACAGGCCAACCAGUGCUGCCAGUGCUAAAAUCAAACGAGUGUUGUCAGUCGAAAAAAAUGUUGCUGAAAAUUGGGAGAGUGGUGUUGUUUGUGGUGGCUUGAAAGUUAUGAAUUGGAAAGAUCGAGAUAAUUAUUUGAUUGCGAAGAACUGUGGAGAGGUUUUGUGUUGCAAGAGGAUUCUUGGUGCGGUUAGAGUGAACAAGUUUUGUGUUGCAACCGAUGCAUCAACAGUGACAUGUAUUGAAGUAUCUCCGCAUAGACUGCCGUAUUUCCUAGCAGCUACUGAUGCUGGCACCAUCAGUGUGUGCUCACUGGUAGAGAACAGGGUUCUACUGACGCUGGAUUGUAGGAAUAUCCAGCCGAAGGAGGUAGAGAAAUACCAGUCAGAUCAUAAAGGAAGAUACAUCAGCAGUGUGUCUACUAAAGCGCACGGAGAUACAGGCUCCAGGGAGUUGAUGGUGCGUUUCAUGACUUGCGGUGGGAGUUCGAACAUGGCAAUAGGUUUUGGAGACGGAAAACCUAAGAAAAUUGCCAUUAUACCAAGAAAUACCCCGCUUAAUCCACAUCUCUCCGUAACAUCCCUCUCCUGGUCCCACAUUAACCCGUGCUGUGUGUUCGCGUCGCUACAAGACGACAGCAUCGUCGAGUGGGAGCUAUCCUUCAGCGACAUCUACGCGAAGUGCGCGCACGCGGCCGCCGCAAGGUGCUGUGACGCCGGGGAUAGUACACUGUAUCCCGUGCUGUGUGUUCGCGUCGCUACAAGACGACAGCAUCGUCGAGUGGGAGCUAUCCUUCAGCGACAUCUACGCGAAGUGCGCACGCGGCCGCCGCAAGGUGCUGUGACGCCGGGGAUAGUACACUGUAUCCCGUGCUGUGUGUUCGCGUCGCUACAAGACGACAGCAUCGUCGAGUGGGAGCUAUCCUUCAGCGACAUCUACGCGAAGUGCGCGCACGCGGCCGCCGCAAGGUGCUGUGACGCCGGGGAUAGUACACUGUCACUAUCCUGGUCGCAUAGUAUCCCGUGCUGUGUGUUCGCGUCGCUACAAGACGACAGCAUCGUCGAGUGGGAGCUAUCCUUCAGCGACAUCUACGCGAAGUGCGCGCACGCGGCCGCCGCAAGGUGCUGUGACGCCGGGGAUAGUACACUGGCCCUGUUAACUCCAGAAGGUGAGGUGCAAGUCCACAAACUGACAAACGAGCAUCGAACCAAGGAGUUUCUGUUCCUUUUCGAGAAGUACCUCGCACUUUUGUAAAUAUUAGUAGGUACCUAUAUGUUCUCGCCAAGCUUUAUGUCGUUAUAGAACAUAGGAAAGUCGCUGCGCUGAAAUAUUUUUUCACAAGGGAGGUUUUCAGUUUGACCUGU